AGCUGAUCAAGCAACCCACCAUAGCUGUUUUUCCCCAGUACAAUCGUUUAUGUGUAGUGAAUUACCAGGAAGAUGGUUGAGGAUCUGAAGAGACUACUGCUUGUUGUUCUUGCUGUCCUCUGGCUGCUCAGCUCAGCACAAGCAGGGAAUACAGACAGACUCUCAGGGCAUCACUGCACUGACUUCCAGACAGCAAAUUUCCUACGGGGCAGUAAACUUAAGGUCCAGUUUCUUCUAUUCACCUCCUCAAGCCCCAGCUGUGGAGAGCUGAUUUUAGCUGAUGAUGGCAUCAAGAAUGGCAGCUUCAACAGCAGCUCGGAAACCAAGAUCAUAAUCCAUGGCUUCAGGGCUUUGGGUACCAAACCCUCCUGGAUUGAAGGGCUUGUCCAAGCCAUCCUGCACACAAGCCAGGUGAACGUGAUCGCAGUAGACUGGGUUUAUGGGUCUACAGGAGCCUAUGCCUCUGCAGUGGAAAAUGUCACACAGCUGGCCCUCUCCAUCUCACAAUUCAUCAGCAAGCUCCUGGCCCUGGGGGUCUCAAGGACAUCUAUCCACAUCAUUGGGGUAAGCCUUGGUGCGCACGUUGGGGGCCUGGUGGGGCACUUCCAUGGUGGUCAGCUGGGACGGAUAACAGCCCUGGAUCCUGCAGGCCCUAAGUACACCAGAGCCAGCCCUGAGGAACGCCUGGAUCCUGGGGAUGCCCUCUUCGUGGAAGCCGUUCAUACCGAUGCUGACAAUUUCGGGAUCCGGAUUCCUGUAGGCCACAUCGAUUAUUUUGUCAAUGGAGGCAAAGAUCAGCCAGGAUGCCCUCGAUUCAUCUCUGCAGGCUAUAACUACCUGAUCUGUGAUCACAUGCGGGCAGUACAUCUCUAUAUCAGUGCUUUGAAACAUUCCUGUCCAAUCGUGGGGUUUCCCUGUGCAAGUCAUCAAGAGUUUUUAAAUGGUCAUUGCCUGGACUGUGCGGAACAUUUCUUGUCCUCCUGUCCCAGAAUAGGUCUGCUGGAGCAGGCAGGUGUCAAUAUGAGUAAGCUGCCCAAGGAAGUGAAAGUUUAUUUAAUGACCAGUCCUUCAGCCCCAUUCUGUGUCUAUCACAGCCUGGUUGAGUUCCACUUGCAGAAGAAAAGAAACAGAGUCACCAGCAUUGAGAUCACUUUCUUCAGCAACAGCACCCAAGACACAGCAAAGAUCACCAUACCUACGCACCAGGACAUGGGCAAACGGCUGCUGGCCCACCAAGUUCCUCUCUGCCAAAUAAACAGCGUGACACUGAAGUAUAUCCCAAAAAACCGGUUUUGGAGAAAGGAUGAGCCAUCCAUUGUUGGCAAGUUCUGUGUGGCGCCGCUGCCUCUCAGCAGCAGCCGGACAAUGUCAUGCCUGCCCUGGAACCUCACCCUCCCCAGCAAAACAGACAUCUCCUAUGACCUACCCACUGCUUGUGCCUAGCACUGCCUUUGGGAUACACAAAACCAGAAAGGAGUCCUAAACCUAUUGCUGCUCUCUGCUCACAGAUGAUACUUUCACCAUAAAUCUGGAUGGGUUUCUUGCUCCUUGCAUUAGGGACAGGAUGUCAAGGAAAAGAAGUGUGUGGAAUAUCAGCAAGUACAAGGUUAACUGGUUACAGCAAAACUUCUCAGUUAAAAGACUGGAUUGAACUUUUGUCUCAGAGGUUGUGUACCCAGCUGUGAAAGUUAGACAGGCAAGUCAUUUAUCUCAAGGUUUGUAUCUGUGUGACAGAAGGAGGACAUAAUAUCACUCUUUUACAGUG